CUGCUGACGACUCUCCUCCUGGUCGGUAGAGGGCGCUCAUCUGCACCAAUAUCACCGGAAGCUCGCGUGUAAAAGACAACAGCCUGCCUUGAAGUUGCAGCCAUUAAUCUAAAGAAAUACCCAUAGUUUGUUAAUAUUUCUCCAUUUAGUGCUACAUUGACCUAAGAGGGUAACGUUUGAUCCAUUGGGAGAAUGGGCAGGAGCAGGAGCCGAACUCCUCCGAGACGAGAGAGAAGGCGUUCCCGCUCAACUUCAAGGGAGCGCGAGCGGAGGCGAAGGGAAAAGGAGCGCUCUCGUGAUCGGGACCGUGAGCGGCGGAGGAGUCGCUCACGGUCUCCUCACAGGAGACGUUCAAGCAGGUCUCCCCCCCGACGUCAUCCCUCCUCCUCCACCUCCCCCUCUGAUGAGGGCAAACACGCUAAGGACAAGUCAGCAAAGCCCAUUCAGAUCUCGGAGGAAGACAUGCAGGGCAAAACAGAAGAGGAAAUUGAGAUGAUGAAACAGAUGGGAUUUGGAUCCUUUUCCACCAGCAAGGGGAAGAAGACUGAUGGAUCUGUCAAUGCCUUUGCUGUCAAUGUGACCAUGAAGAGAAAAUACAGGCAGUACAUGAACAGAAAAGGUGGAUUCAACAGACCACUGGACUUCAUCGCCUGAGAGUAUCAACAGCUCAUUGGAUACCUGAGAAGCUUACCCCCGUUCUCCCCGUACAGUAGAGGAUGAUAUAGUGCUAUUUGGUAUUUCAAACCUGUUUUGUGUUAUGCAAUAAUUCUGUAUAUACUUUUUUUGGGGGUCUCUUGUCAAUACUCAACUGUGUCUGAAUAUUGAUAGGAGACACAAUACAGUGCGCUUUGUGUUGACGUGUGUAGGUGUAUUUGAAAUAAAGGCAUUUU